CGCAAAACUGCUUUCUGCAUCGUGGUGGCCGGCUGACAAGCUGCACUUGUGGCUAUGGCGAGAGUCUAUGUGGGCCGUUUGAGCUACGACGUACGAGAACGCGAUCUUCAGCGUUUUUUCCGCGGUUUCGGUCGCAUCCGAGAAAUCAACGUGAAGAACGGAUUCGGAUUUGUGGAGUUUGACGACCCUCGCGACGCAGACGAUGCCGUCUACGAGAUGAAUGGUCGUGACUUGCUAGGAGAACGCGUUCUAGUUGAGCAUGCACGUGGUAGCAGAGGAGGGUCAAGGUACAGCAGUGGUGGAGGUGGCGGCGGCGGUGGCGGCGGCGGCAGUGCACCAUACAUGAGAGGCAAUAGACCGAGAGACAAAUACGGACCUCCUCUACGCACAGACUACAGACUGAUUGUUGACAAUCUCUCGAGCAGAACAAGCUGGCAGGAUUUGAAGGAUUACUGCCGUACGGCUGGUUGUGAGGUGACAUACGCUGAUGCACACAAACAACGAGUCGGAGAAGCGGUUAUUGACUUUGCAUCUAAGGAUGACAUGAAGCGUGCUCUCCGCAAGCUGGAUGGCACCGAACUGAAUGGAAAGAGAAUCACCUUGCAAUCGGAGGACAAGAGAGCUUCCUCGAGGUCCAGGUCUAGGUCACGAAACCGUAGCAGGUCACCGCGUCGUUCUCGUUCUUAUUCUCGUUCCCGAUCAAGGAGUGCGUCGGCCAACAAGAAGUCUCCCUCACGGUCCAAGUCACGUUCAGUGUCUCCUGCACGUUCUCCUUCACCAAGGCAAGAGUCAAGGUCGAGGUCGAGGUCUCCUGCUGAAGCAGAAGAGGAUGGAGAUGUAGAGCAAUGAUUGGGUGUAUUAGAUAGAACAAGAACAGUGACUUCUUGUCUGUUUACAUAUUCAUGUCGUCUUGUUUCCAUGAUGCUCUAAACAAAAUCGAUGUAUGUGGGUGUA